AAACAAGGGCGGGGCGGUGGUGCUAAGCGGGGUGAAACAGAGGUGUGUGUGUCAGCUUUAAGUACCGCGCAGGACAUUCCAGGACACCCUUAAAAUUCUGAUCCACGAACGGAGCGCAUUAAGACGAAAAGUUUCCAAAAGUUCUCACAGGCUGAGAGAUAGCUACUCACGACGACAUCCAGGUCUCAUCGUUGAUCCAAAGAAGAAUCCAUACAGAGAAAAAUGCCAGGUGAGCGGUUAACAGUAAGAACUACAUCAGAGAUUGGGCGAUUCCCCGGAGCAGCCCCACCCACAAGGGUGGAGCUGACCAUCCAGAAUGAGGGUGAGAAGAAGCGGGAGGAGGGGGGCUGUCUAUGGUGGCUCAGAAAGAUGUGCCCGUGCUGCUGUAAGCACCCAAACACCACCUCAUAUGAUGUCACAGAUAAGGUGGAAUUCACCAAACUCCCAACCCCUGCCGCCAUCGUAGAUCCCCCCAAGCCGAAGCCCGAGAACGGAGAGGCAAAGGAAACAGAUGAAGGGAAGCUGUCAGUGUGUUCGGUGGACCUAUUGAGUUCCAAGGCAGGUCAGAACAGACAGGAGCAUCACACUGACCUGUAUCACCGGGAUGAGCUGAUCCUUCGCAGAGGCCAGACCUUCCAGAUAGAGGUUGAGCUCAACAGGCCCUUCAGUACUGACACUGACAAGCUGUACCUGGAGCUGAAAACAGGUUCCCUGCCCUUGGUAUCCAAAGGGACCCAUGUCAUCAUUCCGCUGGUGAAGCACCUGGAAGAUGAACGCUGGGAGGCCAAAAUUGUAGAGCAGAACGGCAAUAAGAUCAAGCUGUCCAUCAACUCUCCAGCCAACGCUGUGAUCGGCCUUUACGAGCUCACUGUGACAACUUCUUCGCUCAAAGGCGACGCCACAACUACUUACACCUCCAGCAAGAACAUUGUCAUGCUCUUCAACCCUUGGUGUGAAGAGGACAGCGUGUUCCUGGAUAACGAGGAGGAGAGGAAGGAGUAUGUGCUGAAUGACACUGGGAGGAUUUACUACGGAACGGAGAAACAAAUCGGUGCUCGCACGUGGAAUUUCGGACAGUUUCAUGAGGGAAUCCUGGAAGCAUGUCUGUUUAUCAUGGAGAAGAGUGAAAUGCCGCCAUCUGGUCGAGGGGAUCCGGUCAACGUGGUCAGGGUCAUAUCUGCCAUGAUAAAUGCUCAGGAUGACUACGGUGUUCUAGUUGGAAACUGGUCAGGUGAUUACUCUGAUGGAGUCUCACCUACGGCGUGGAGCAGCAGCGUGGAGAUCCUGAGGAAAUACCACUCGACCAAUGGAACGCCUGUGUCAUAUGGACAGUGCUGGGUCUUCUCUGGGAUCACUACAACAGUGCUGCGCUGCCUUGGCAUUCCUUCCCGCAGUGUGACCAACUUCCAGUCAGCACAUGAUACCGACGUAUCCCUUACUACAGAUGUAUACCUUAAUGAGAAUUUGGAGCCAAUUGACUAUCUCAAUAGAGACUCUGUUUGGAAUUUCCACGUAUGGAAUGACUGCUGGAUGGCCAGACCAGACUUACCUCCAGGUAAUGGAGGCUGGCAGGCCGUAGACGCCACUCCCCAGGAAACUAGCCAGGGCACCUUCCGCUGUGGCCCUGCUUCUGUGAACGCCAUCCGCUCUGGCCAUGUCUACCUUAAACAUGACACGCCGUUUGUCUUUGCUGAGGUCAACAGUGACAAAAUUUACUGGCAGAGAAACCUGGACGGCACAUUUAAACAGAUCUACAGUGAAAAGAAAGCUGUCGGCCACUGCAUCAGCACCAAAGCGGUGGGCUCUGAUAAGCGGGCAGAUAUCACAUCCUUGUACAAACAUGAAGAAGAUUCAGAAGAAGAACGCAUUGCAGUAGAGACUGCAAGUCGCUAUGGCAGCAAGCCAGAUGUCUAUUCCACACCAGUGGCAGAAGAUGUGUCAGUGGAGGUAAAGGUGGAUGGCGAGGGACCCAGGGUGGGUGCUGAUGCCCAGUUGAAAAUUCUGGUGAAGAAUCUAAGCUCACAGCCCCGCCAGGCAACAAUCCACAGCCAGGUGGCUGUCAUGUACUACACUGGAGUGCUGAAGGGAACCAUCAAGAAGGAGCAGAUGCCUGUGGAGCUUUCGCCUAAUGAAGAGAAAACCAUUGACUGGGUCCUGCCCUACCAACAAUACCAGAGCCAGCUGGUGGAUCAAGCAGCCUUCAUGCUAACCCUGUGUGGAAGAGUCACUGAAACGAAGCAAGUGCUAGCUAACCAGACAACUUUCAGGCUUCGCACACCUGACAUCACCAUCACACCUAUUGGAGACGCCGUUGUUGGUAAAGAGAUGGCUGCCAAGAUUACUUUCACCAACCCCCUGCCAUCUACACUGAAGGGAGUGGUGUUCAGAGUGGAGGGCCUGGGCCUUCAGGAGGGCCAUGAGGUGGUCGUGGGUGACGUCGGCGCCCACUCCAAAGUGACGCUGACAGAGCACUUCAUCCCCUCCCAACCUGGACCCAGGAAGCUGGUGGCGUCCCUCGACUGUGAACAGCUCUCACAAGUGCAUGGAGUGGCUGACAUUGUUGUUCUUGAACAAUGAAAGGCACCACAAUGAUCAGCUUCUCGCACAACACUUAUUUCUUAUAAAAUAUCAACUGACAAUGCCUCAUCAUAUUAAGUGUGCUAAGUUCCCAUAUCUUGAGCUAUACUGUUUGUUUUUUAUUGCAGAAAAUGUUUAAUUUUUGAUAUUCAUAAAACUAUUAAUAGAUGAUUUACUGUAGCAUUAUCAGUAUUACUACUAUUUUUACAUUUUAAAUAACAGAAAUUCACACUUGUGUCUUGCUGUGGAAGAAUUGUAAUAGACGUGUGACAAGGUGUUUUUUGACUAACAAGGGUUUGUAUCCUUAGACUUCUAAAACAAGUC